CAACCCUUAACAACUACACUUGUUGUUAAUUGUUGUUCUUGAUCGUAUAAACAAAAUCGAUAAUAAGCCUUAUCUUUAGAAGUAUUUUUUUAUUAUUUCUCGUAAAUUAGGUGUAUAGUAAACUUGUCUGCACAUAAAUAACUUGUUUCGCGAACACCAGUACAAACAGCACAAAGCACUUGCUCUGCACGAAGUCUCAAAUCGUAAUUCCAAAAUUUCGAAAGUUUGCUAGUAAAAAUGUCACCGCGUUCGCUUUUCUUGCUCUCCUCUUCACGCGUACAUGGUUAUGAAUUUUUGGAGCACGCAAAAGAACAUUUAAAGGAAUUUCUAACUAAACGCAAUGUGAAAACGGUGCUCUUUGUGCCUUACGCACAGAACGACUACAAUAAAUACACAGAACUUGUCGAAAAUACACUUUCGCCAUGGGGUUUUAAAGUUGAAGGUUUACACGUUAAACAGAAUCCCAUACAAGCAGUGCUGCAGGCGGAGGCGCUGUUCAUCGGUGGUGGCAAUACUUUUGUAUUGCUUAAAGCGCUUUACGAUGAAAAUCUAAUACCUAUAAUACGUGAACGUGUACUCCAAAAGGGUAUACCGUAUAUUGGCUCCAGUGCCGGCACUAAUGUGGCCACACUUUCCAUACAUACAACAAACGAUAUGCCUGUGGCGUUUCCACCCACAUUUGACGCUUUACGUCUAGUGCCGUUCAACAUCAAUCCACAUUAUCUGGAACCCGACGCAGCGACACGUCAUAAAGGUGAGACGCGUGACGAACGCAUUAACGAAUUUAUUGAGUACCAUAAAAAGCCGGUAUUGGGCUUACGCGAGGGCACCGCUUUGUUGGUGGAAGGUGAUAAGGCCGUUUUAGUAGGCGAUCGCAAUGCGAAAUUGUUUAUGGCCAAUAAGGAGCAAGUUGAAUUUGCACCAAACACCGACCUGAGUUUUCUUUUAAAUCAAUCUUAAAUUGUAUUGGCGUAAGCAACAUUAUUUUUUAAAUUAAAUUUAAACGUCAAACUGAAGAGUUUACAUCUAAUGCAUUUCUUGUGUUUCGCACUGACAUUGUACGUAUGAAUUGUUCUUGCAUUUGUGCUGCUGCUAUCAACUGUUAUGUUUAACGUACAAUAUUGGACAAAUAAAAGGCAUUUACUCAACA